CAUUAUUAGCAUCAGCAGCAACCAUGGCAUCGUCUGACGAACUGUCACCAACAGUGUGCAAUCAUCAUUAUUAAUUUAUUUGAUGACGACAGGACUGGUUUCUGAUAUAAGACCAUUGGCCAUCACAGACAAGAAAAUCAUACAGAAGUUAUGUACAAAUAAUCCAGACACGUUGGCAGCAUAUGUGCAAGUGAUGCCCAAGUGCCUAGAUUAGUAAUGGAUCCAUUGUGUCAAGCCUUGCUGGGGACGACUUUCCCAUCUAAGUACUUGCUGUCCUGGAUGAAUUUAGAUGUUAGUCCUCCUUAAAGGGACUAAAUUUUCAGUCUUUCUUUUAAAGAAAGCAGUAUAAUCUCUAAAAUUUUAAUAUCUUAACUAUAUUACAAACUUCUUCACAAUGAAUAUAAGGAGAUUGCUAAGAAAACGUUUCCGGAGUGUGCGUCUCCUGGUUUUAGUGGGUGUGUUUUUCAUCGGUUAUCUGGGAUUAGUGAUAACAAUAAAUAAUUCACCAAAAAAGGAGGAUACCCACAGCCUCCUGAUGAAAACUAAUGGAGGUAGCGAACAGUAUAUGUCAAGGAAACUGCAAGCAACGAAUACCACCACAUCGGAUUCAGAUUCCUUGUACCCUCCAGAGUUAUUUACAGAUAACCAGUUAUCACAUGGAGCGGUCGCACUUCAUGUUCUCGGCAUGAUAUAUAUGUUUGUGGCCCUAGCUAUUGUCUGUGAUGAAUUUUUUGUACCUUCCUUAGGCUGUAUAACAGAAAGGUUGAAAAUAUCUGAAGAUGUAGCUGGAGCGACAUUCAUGGCGGCAGGAGGAAGUGCUCCAGAAUUGUUCACAAGCUUAAUUGGAGUGUUUCUGUCCAAAAGUAACGUUGGGAUAGGCACAAUAGUGGGAUCUGCUGUUUUUAACAUUCUUUUUGUGAUUGGAAUGUGCGCACUGUUCAGUAAGGAUGUGUUGACACUAACUUGGUGGCCAUUGUUCAGAGACGUCACAUUCUACAGUAUAGAUCUCAUCUUGUUGAUUGUUUUCUUUUUAGAUGGAACAAUAUACUGGCAUGAAGCAUUUAUACUACUUUGUGGAUAUUUUGCAUAUGUUAUUUUCAUGAAAUUUAAUUCACAAAUUGAAGGAUUUGUGAAGUCUAAGUUACGUAAAGGAUCAGGCAAAGUGGGAAGUGCCAGUCACCUUUUAACAGAGAAAACACCAAGAUCCAUGAGUCUGUCCAUAUUACAUUCUGGAGGUAACCGCUACAGACAUGGGAUCCUGGACCUCAUGAUACAUACCAUAGACCCCCUGCAAAAUGUACAUAAAACCAGAUCAAAAGUUCAUGAAAAUGCCAUGAACUUGCAUGCAAUAGCGACCCUGAAAGUUGUGAUUGGGACGACGACCCCCACCCAGAAUGAGGAGAACGCUCAUGUAGCCAACGGAGUGGACAAGGAUAACAAUAAAGUACAGGCCAAUGGACAUGUUGCUGUAGAGAAUGGCAAGCCCUCUGAUAACACCAACACCACAGAGGUGCCCGGUAAUGUGGGGGAUUCUCUACCAGAAGUUACCAUAGCACCAGCCGCCGAAGAUGGACAAACUGCUGAAAAUGCAUUGGUAGAGGAUGAAGAACCACUGGACCUGAGCUGGCCUGAUAAUUGGAAGAAACGGAUCAACUAUAUCAUUGUGGCUCCAAUAGUUUAUGCGCUGUGGAUUACAUUGCCCGACGUGCGACGAGAGGAGAAGAAGAAAUGGUUUAUGGUGACCUUUUUUGGCAGUAUCUUCUGGAUUGGAGGGUUUUCCUAUUUAAUGGUGUGGUGGGCAAACACUACAGGAGAAACCAUCGGACUCACCCCUGCGGUGAUGGGCCUGACCAUUCUAGCUGCUGGAACAAGUAUCCCUGACCUCAUCACCAGUGUCAUUGUGGCCAAGAAAGGCUUUGGGGAUAUGGCUGUAUCCAGCUCUGUGGGUAGUAACAUCUUCGACAUCACUAUGGGGUUGCCAAUUCCCUGGUUGUUGUACGAGGCAGUUUAUAUGGGAAAACCCAUUGAUGUUAAUAGUAACGGACUCCCAUGCUCAAUAUGUCUGCUGUUUUUAAUGCUGAUGGCCGUGAUCGUGUCAAUAGCAGCGUCAAAGUGGCGGAUGAGUCGAAUGCUUGGUAUCAUCAUGUUGGUGCUGUAUGUGAUGUUCCUAGUACUCAGUGUUUUACUGGAAAUUAACAUUUUGCCAUGUCCUAUCGAAGGUUAAAUGAUCUAUUGCACCUGUGUAAAUACAAGUUGUACAUAUGUCUUUUCCAAGAUAGAGUUGUUAAGUUGAUACAUUUUAAUAUUGAUUCUUUAUUGCUAUUAAAAUCUGUGAUGUUUCUAUCUACAUUUCAUAAAAUGUGCAUUUAUACUAAUUUAUGUAGAAUAGUAAGUCAAUAACUUUUGAGUUUUCAGGUUAUUCGUAAUAUUGUGUCAGAUAUGUGUUAUUCUGGUCUUUCGACAUGUUGUGUGAUAAGAUGGCUGGACCAACAUUGUUAGAUGUUAUGUAUUACAACAUGUUUCUUGGCAUUGCCUACUGUCUAUUGCCAUGCUUUCUAGUCUUGCCAUUGGCUCUUCAGGGCUCCCUCAAUGUAAAACAUUCACAGUUCAGGGAGGUUUUUUGUGAUACCUAGGGCUUUUACUGUUUUACAGGGUGGGCUAGUAAAAUCAUAUAAAUUUUGACUGCAAUAAGUGCAAGCUAGUUAUCUAGUGCUAUAUCAGUAUAUGCUACUUAAAUCAGAAGACAUUUGUUUGGAAAAGCUUAACUGAGAAGGCAUUGGUAUGUUGUAUUGUCUAAUCUAUCAUUUCAUUUUUUGGCACUAAAAUUGUUACUGAUCCAAAAAAGUUUUUGUUAACAACCAUUUAGGCCUACAAUGAGAGAAUAUUUCCAUUAGUCUUGUAAUAUUGUUGUUGUGCAACCAAAACUUUGUUAAUGUUCCUCAGCAUUGUAUCAUUAAAUGAUUCAGUGAUUUUUGUAAAGAAAGAAAAAUCAGUGGCAAAAAAAUUGUCAAUGUAAACCCUGACAUUUUAGCAACAAAUCUGAAGGGUCGAAACAUGUCCAAUAAACACAAGAGUGAAAUAUAAUUCUGGGUAGUCAAAACUUACUCUAAAGGGUUCAGCGAAAACCCUGGUGGUUUAGAGGUUUAUUUUGCAAUAAUAUUUCAGAUGUUUAAGGCUUGUUUGAACCAAUAUUACGGAACUUUAGUGCACUUUGUCUGGUGACAGUGGUCCUGAGAUUCCAAGGAUAUUGAGGCUUAUCUGCUACAGAGUUUUGUGGGUUAUUGAAGCCUGUCUAGACCAGUGUUUCUGUGGUAAUUGAGACCUGUGUGGAGCAGUGUUUUUGAGGUAAUUGAGACCUGUCUGGACCAUUGUUUCUUAGGUAAUUGAGAUGUCUCUGGAGCAGUGUUUCUGAGAUAAUUGAGGUUAGUCUGUGCCAGUGUUCUGUGGUAAUUGAGACGUGUCAUAGCCGGCGUUUCUUUGGUAAUUGAGACCUGUCAUACCCAGUGUUUUGGAGGUAAUUCUGACGUGUCAUGGCCAUGGUUUCAGAGGUAAUUGAGACGUGUCAUGGCCAGCGUUUCAGAGGUAAUUGAAACGUGUCAUGGCCAGCGUUUCAGAGGUAAUUGAGACGUGUCAUGGCCAGCGUUUCAGAGGUAAUUGAGACGUGUCAUGGCCAGCGUUUCAGAGGUAAUUGAGAUGUGUCAUGGCCAGCGUUUCAGAGGUAAUUGAGAUGUGUCAUGGCCAGCGUUUCAGAGGUAAUUGAGAUGUGUCAUGGCCAGCGUUUCAGAGGUAAUUGAGACAUAUCUUGACCAGUGUAUCUGAGGUAAUUGAGGUUAGUUUGUUCCAGUAUUUCUGUGGUAAUUGAAAUCUGUGUGUACCCAGUGUUUGAGGUAAUUUUUGCCUGUCUGGAGCAGUAUUUCUAAGGUAAUUGAGCCCUGACUGGACCAGAGUUUCUUGGUAAUUCAGGCCUAUCUAUACUAUUCAUUCUGAAGUAGUUGAGACAUGUUUGCACCCCUGUUUCUGAGGUUAUUGAGGCCUUGAAAUGUACUUUCCCCUGCCAAAUGUGUUGUUAUGUUUUUACAUAUCGUGUUGUUAUCCUGGUAGUCACUUGUUGUUUUGUCACCCUGUUCCAUAAGGCCUUCAUGAUAGUAGAUUAUUUGCAAAUCUGUGAUAAUACCAGGAAGAAGAGACGGUUGAUAUAGUCAUUUUUGUGUCUCAGGAGCUGGACAGCGAAAUGAAAGCCUUGCUGUAAAUACUAGGUUGUUGAGAAGAUCCCUACAUAUCUAGCACAUUUUACAAAUACAUAUAAUGUAGUUUACUCAAAACCAGAAUUGUUGUUCCAAAACUUACUCCAUAUUAUCAGUUAAACUACUGUUUAUACAUGUGUGCAAUUUUUAUCAAUUAUUCCCAAUUGUAUGAAUUUACCAAGAGGAUUUUUUUUUGCUUUAACUGGUACAAUAGAAGCACUUCUGUUGUUUUAACAUACAGAUUUUAUUCUCCAACUGUUUCCAUCAGUCCAUUUUAUCGGCUACAGAUGCAAGACCAGUCUAUUUCAUGUAGUUGUAUAUACAUGUAUACUUUAAUGUACAUGUAUAUCCAUGUCCAGAUUCAUCGAUUAUAAGUUGUUUCCGUUUGGUGUGUUUUACAAUGAAUUGUAUAAGCAAUAAACCAUAGCAUUCCCAGUCUAACUUUAUAAACAAGGUAACUGGUGUGAUUUCCCAAUGUAAUGUCAAUAAGAACACUAUAGAUAAUUUAGUUUUAUAAUACCUGGUACAAACUUGGGAUGAAAUGUACAAGUACCCGGGUUGUAAACCUUGAACUUUAGAGAACUCAAAGCUAGUCAUUUUAUGAAGAUUUUGUUUUAGAUAAAUAAGAAAAUAAUUUUUUGCAGGAUUUUUGUAACACUGUUUGUCCAAAAAGAAAUCCCAUGACAGUUUUCAGAUAGAAUAUUGAGCUUUGUUGGCAGUUUUAUAAAGUUGAUGAUAUUAUGUACUGUGAAGGAUUCUGCACUUGUUGUUCAACAGAAAUCUUUGAGUGAUGAUUACAUAUUUCAUUUAUAACAAUUGUGCUAAAUAGAUUAAUUGUUAAGUAUAUAUACAAAUGUAUCGCUAUAGACUUGUUAUUUUCUUUUAUAGACUUUUUGUUUGUUAAUUUUUAAUGUUGAUUUAAAAUAUUACUUUAAAAUCAAGUUCCAUGACAACAUAAUCUAUUAAUGUCAUUUCAUUGACUGGAAAAAUUUAUACAAUGUGACAAGGGUACUUUUUAAUGCAUUGGAUCUACAAUAUUUCAUCACAAAACAUGGGUUGUUUUACCACUUAAUUGAUUGAACUAUAAACACAGUAAUGUGUUAUGAAAAAACACUUGCAACUUUUUUUUUAUGUUUAAUCUUGUGUGAAAAAUGGGAUAUAUAUUUGUCACAUGAACGAAAACCAUGACAGAUUUCUAUACAUAAUAGAAAAAAAAGUUGAAAAAAAAUAGUAAAGUUGAUGGUAAAUCAAACAUUUGGAAUAAAGAUUCAUUUUCAAAGCAUUAUAUCAUUGUCAGUAGUAAUACCUGUGUAAUUGUUAAACAGAUAUUAUUUUGGGGUUAAAAAAUGUUACCGGUAUGUAUUUUGACUGCAUGUGAUCAAUAUAUACCUACCAGCUAGUUUCAGCUGUUAACCUGGCCAAUGUGGAGUUGUUACUCGUGACGAGUGAAGGUUGUACAAAGUUUAUAAUGCUAGUGAGAAAUCCAAUUAAUAAGAAAAACAAAGUAAUAUAAUUUGGUGCAUUUUCAAAUUUUCCCCACACACAAAUUUCAUUUUUAUGGUUUAAUUUUACAUCAUUAUUUCAUUAAACAAAAUGUUUAAUAAUUUAUAAUUGUACAUGAAACAUUCCAAAAAUACAUUUACCUGGAUGUGAUAUGAUCAUGUAAAUUCCAGAAUUAGGACAAGAUCUAAUCCAACUUUUAUGUUAAUGACAAACAAGUUAAGUGUACUACUUCAACAAGGCUUGUGAAGUGUCAGCAUUUGGACCAAUUGUAUUUGUAUCAGGAUAUUUUUUGGCCAUCAGUAUUUAACUAUAACUUUGUAUUUUAUUUAAUGAUUUCAUAUUUUGUUAUAAGUAUUUGUACUGUGCAUAAUAGUCAAAUUUCAUACCUUUUAUUAUUUCAUUUUAUACCAGUUUUCAUAUUAUUUUGUUUUCAUAGUUUUCUUUUACUUGUUAAAUAUUACAUAGAACCUUUACAAUUUUGAGCUUUAAUUUAAAGCUAUUAAACAAAGAUUGAAGCAUUUAUUUUAGGUUCCCAUCUUUGUUUUAUCGAUCUAAGAACAUCUCAACUUUUUAACGAUUAGAAGAUGUGAUGCUUUUGUGUAAUUAGCAUGUCAAGCAUGUUGUAGAACGAACUAAUGUUGAUAUUUACCAACUCAAAUGUUGUUAUGCAUUCCAGGUUUUAUUAUUUUUUUAAAUUGUUAUAAAAAAUUUGUUCUAGACACUAGAUUUGUCCACAUGUGUACUUAGUGAUUGACAAGUCGAUUGUUGUUAAAUACAUGUACGAGUGAAGAUGUGCAUUGUACAGAAUCUCAUGAUCAAUAGCAUGAUAUAACAGUCUUACUGUACAAAAUAUAGGUACAUUGUGACAACAGUUAAACUAGAAGUUUAUGUAGAAGUUUGCCAUUUCCGUCCUUCUAACUAUUAAAGUUAACUUAAAUACUGGAACGUUAUGUUGUGUGAUAUUUUACAAGUUCUAAGGGCCAUUUUCAUUAGUUUUUGACCCCAGAUGCCAGUCCUUUCUUUCUUGGCCUGUCUAGUACCCAGCUUGACCAGGAAAUACUUGUUCAAAAAUAGCCUGGUCUACUAGCUUUAUUUUGUAGUGCGAUGAUUCGUAUAAAAUUCAAGGUGAUAUCAACAAAAACAUGUGUAGAGUGCAGACAAAUUAAAUCCAAGUGUUGAGAGUUUAAGGUCGUCUUACUAGCUAGCAGGAAUUUUCCAUUAGCCUAGUAGUAGCCUUGAGAGCAAGCCGUUAUUAGUUCGAACCCCAGCGUUUUAUUGGAAAAUUGACAUUUGCUUCAACAGUGACCACCUUUAACAGCAUUUUUAGUACUAUUCACUUGAACUUGUGAUAUAAAUAUUUCUUGUUGCACUAGGUGACAUACAUCAGACAGUAAACUCCAUACUGUAACAUGACAAUUUUAUUCAGUCACAAAUACAGUACAAGACUCUAAAAUGGUUGCUCUGUACAGCAUACAGACUUAAAACAACUAGUAGCACCAGGGGCAAGAAAUCAAAGUUAAAACAUUAAAACAGACCAUUAUUGUACUAAUAUAUAACAUAUUACACAAAAACUAAAGGCAAUCAAAAUUUACGAGUGUCAUAAGUACAAGAUAUAAACUUACCUGUACUUCAGACAUGGAACAGAACACAUAAUGGAGUCACAGCUGUAUAUGUGCUAUAGAUUAAAUGUACAAAGGCUGUUUUCAUAUUGAUGACCUAUCAAAAAUUUCUUUUGAAAUGUUCUUUCCUUCAUUAUUAUUAAAGUCUGUUGAACCUUUAACUGUUUCUCUUGAAACUAAAACAAUAUCAAAUCAUUAGGUUAUCCAUUGUAUCUCAUAUUUAAAAUUAACGGAUUUGGUCCAAUAGAAAAACUCUGGAAAUAGACAAACUUUUUGGAAUGCUUUGAAUGAAAUCUGUUCAAAGAGGUAUGGUGGCAGGGGAGCUAACUCCCUCCAUCAACCAAUUAAAGGUUAGAUUUGAGCAAAAGUUUAGUAAGCUGGUAUUGUAUCAAAUCAAGAAUGUAAACAGGAAUGGUAAGUAUUUUCCAGUUAUCUAUAAAGACAUAGCUUAAAAAAAGAAGAAGAAAAUAAAAUAAGUAUUUUGUAAAUAAAAUGCAUAUUGAUAGUUCAUCAUGAUGGAUAUGAAUUCAAAAGCUUACAAAAAUGUUUUUUUUUACGUCAAUGUAUGGUCCCAUUCAAAUAGAAAACAAUAUGUUGUUGGAUGCAUUGUGAAUGUAUAACAGAUAA